AUGACUCGCACUGGGUUAUCAGGCCUCGCUUGGCUACUCGGCCCGAUCGCUGCGCUCGUCGUCGGCCAGCCUGCCAGCUACGACCAGAGGCAGGAGGGUAAAAUUAACGUGCAGGUCGACGUCAAGGACUUGCAGAUCGUCGCGAUCGUCGACUCGGACUUUCUCGGCGACUACAGCUACGACUAUCCGCUGUACGACGACGCGGACUUCACAGUGAAGCCGAGCACCAAGAGGACGACGACGACGACGACGACCCCCGAGCCCUCGAGUACGAGCGGCGAGCCCGCUCCAGGCGUUGUCGGCUCGACCGAGCGGCCCCCGAUCGAGGCCGACAGCUCGGCGGAACCGACCACGACGACGGCCGCCGCCGCCGCCACCACCGCGAGCACGACCAGACGGCCGACACUAGGCACGGCGGAGUCGAGGAAGCGCUGCCCUACGGGCUUCCAAAUGCGCUCGGGCAGGUGCUUCAAGCGACGGCAUUCCUUCAUUUCGCCAAGAGCAGCGCUGAUGCGAUUGGCGCCAGCUCUGCUGGGAAAAUCGCAGCUCUUCGGCGGACGCUCGAUGAACGGUGCUGACGCGUAA